CAGGCCCACGCCCCGCCGGGCACGUUCUGGAUCUAGGACCCCCUCCACCACAGAAGAAAGUCUCCAAGUCUCUGUCCCCCCGCCCAUCGAAGCCAAGACUCUACCGUCGCUGGUCCCACCCUCAUCUGGAUCUCACUCUCCAAGUCGCGGCAAGGAAUGAUGUUGGCGGCUCUGCUGAUCGCCCUCUGUGGCCUCGGCCUCCGCACCCAGCAGGCCCAGACUGUUACCAUCCAGACCCUGGACCUGGCUCCAAACACCUUUGAUGAUGCCUAUGUGGGCUGCUCAAAGGAGAUGGAGGAGGAGGCAGUCCAUCUGCUAGAGGAGGAGAAGGCCAAAAACUCCCUGCUGCGGGAGUCCUGGGAGACAGCCCAGAAGGCCUGGGAGCGAAGGCCUCCAGAUCCCAGCCUGCCUCCUGGCUUCAAAACGCAGCACGGAACUGCCAUCAUAGUCUACACCAGCUCAUCCAAAACUUUGUACGAGAAGCUGAACCAGGCUGUGCGGACAGGCGGUGACUCCAGGGAGUCCUACAUGCAGCACUUCCCCUUCAAGGCCCUGCAUUUCUACCUGACCCGGGCCCUGCAGCUGCUGCGGGGCAGUGGAAAAUGCAGUAGGGAACCUGGGCAGGUGGUGUUCCGAGGCGUGAAAGACACUCACUUUGAACCCAAGGGGCUGCGGGACUCUGUCCGCUUGGGCCAGUUUGCCUCCAGCUCCCUGAAUGAGAGUGUGGCCCGCAGAUUUGGUAAUGCCACCUUCUUCUCUCUAAGGACUUGCUUUGGGGUCCCGAUCUAUAGCCUGUCUGUCUUUCCUGAGGAGUUGGAGGUGCUGAUCCCCCCGUAUGAAGUCUUCGAGGUCGCCAGUUUCUCCCAGGAUGGAACCCGGCACCUGGUGACUCUCUCCAGCAAAAAUCAGACCUGCAGCUACUUUAACUGCGCCUAUCUGGGUGAGAAUAAGAGCCAGAGCUGUGAACCUUUGCCAAGAGGGCAGGCCGACUCAUUCUACAAGGGAGCCUUCUCUCUGAUCUCCUGGAAGACCCUGCUCUUGGUCUCUUGGGGGUUCCAGCUCUUAGGAGCUGGGCUCUGAAAGUUCAGUGCCUGCCACGUAGGAGUCCUGGGAACCUUCACAUGAAGAAGGGAGGCUUCGAAGAGCCUGGAGAAGGAAGAACAUGGUUUCGGACCCAGACCUAGUAGCCAUCUCCCCAACCAGGAUGUCGGAGGAUCUGAGGCCAUGGUAGGGUGGAGGGAGCUCUGCUUUGUGGUGGGGACUCCCGGGGACCAGCAAGGGUAGUGCUGUGAUGGCCACUCGAUUAAACAGUGUU